AUGAAAUCUCCCUCCCCGACUUCCCCCUCCACCAGACGCUUCAUACUCUGCCCCCUCCCCGACUUCCCUCUCCACCAGACGCUUCAUACUCUGCUCCCUCCCCGACUUCUCCCUUCACCAGACGCUUCAUACUCUGCCCCCUCCCCGACUUACCUCUCCACCAGACGCUUCAUACUCUGCCCCCUCCCCGACUUCCCUCUCCACCAGACGCUUCAUACUCUGCCCCCUCCCCGACUUCCCCCUCCACCAGACGCUUCAUACUCUGCCCCCUCCCCGACUUCCCCCUUCACCAGACGCUUCAUACUCUGCCCCCUCCCCGACUUCCCCCUCCACCAGACGCUUCAUACUCUGCCCCCUCCCCGACUUCCCCCUUCACCAGACGCUUCAUACUCUGCCCCCUCCCCGACUUCCCCCUCCACCAGACGCUUCAUACUCUGCCCCCUCCCCGACUUCCCCCUUCACCAGACGCUUCAUACUCUGCUCCCUCCCCGACUUCCCCCUCCACCAGACGCUUCAUGCUCUGCUCCCUCCCCGACUUCCCCCUCCCCGACUUCCCCCUCCACCAGACGCUUCAUACUCUGCUCCCUCCCCGACUUCCCCCUCCACCAGACGCUUCAUGCUCUGCUCCCUCCCCGACUUCCCCCUCCCCGACUUUCCCCUCCACCAGACGCUUCAUACUCUGCUCCCUCCCCGACUUUCCCCUCCACCAGACGCUUCAUACUCUGCCCCCUCCCCGACUUCCCCCUCCACCAGACGCUUCAUACUCUGCCCCCUCCCCGACUUUCCCCUCCACCAGACGCUUCAUACUCUGCCCCCUCCCCGACUUCCCCCUCCACCAGACGCUUCAUACUCUGCCCCCUCCCCGACUUCCCCCUCCACCAGACGCUUCAUGCUCUGCUCCCUCCCCGACUUCCCCCUCCACCAGACGCUUCAUACUCUGCUCCCUCCCCGACUUCCCCCUCCACCAGACGCUUCAUGCUCUGCCCCCUCCCCGACUUCCCUCUCCACCAGACGCUUCAUACUCUGCUCCCUCCCCGACUUCCCCCUCCCCGACUUCCCCCUCCACCAGACGCUUCAUACUCUGCUCCCUCCCCGACUUCCCCCUCCCCGACUUCCCCCUCCACCAGACGCUUCAUACUCUGCUCCCUCCCCGACUUCCCCCUCCACCAGACGCUUCAUGCUCUGCCCCCUCCCCGACUUCCCUCUCCACCAGACGCUUCAUACUCUGCUCCCUCCCCGACUUCCCCCUCCCCGACUUCCCCCUCCACCAGACGCUUCAUACUCUGCCCCCUCCCCGACUUCCCCCUCCACCAGACGCUUCAUACUCUGCCCCCUCCCCGACUUUCCCCUCCACCAGACGCUUCAUACUCUGCCCCCUCCCCGACUUCCCCCUCCACCAGACGCUUCAUACUCUGCCCCCUCCCCGACUUCCCCCUCCACCAGACGCUUCAUGCUCUGCUCCCUCCCCGACUUCCCCCUCCACCAGACGCUUCAUACUCUGCUCCCUCCCCGACUUCCCCCUCCACCAGACGCUUCAUGCUCUGCCCCCUCCCCGACUUCCCCCUCCACCAGACGCUUCAUACUCUGCUCCCUCCCCGACUUCCCCCUCCCCGACUUCCCCCUCCACCAGACGCUUCAUACUCUGCCCCCUCCCCGACUUCCCCCUCCACCAGACGCUUCAUACUCUGCUCCCUCCCCGACUUCCCCCUCCACCAGACGCUUCAUGCUCUGCCCCCUCCCCGACUUCCCUCUCCACCAGACGCUUCAUACUCUGCUCCCUCCCCGACUUCCCCCUCCACCAGACGCUUCAUACUCUGCCCCCUCCCCGACUUCCCUCUCCACCAGACGCUUCAUCUGCCCCCUCCCCGACUUCCCUCUCCACCAGACGCUUCAUACUCUGCCCCCUCCCCGACCUCCCUCUCCACCAGACGCUUCAUACUCUGCCCCCUCCCCGACUUUCCUCUCCACCAGACGCUUCAUACUCUGCUCCCUCCCCGACUUCCCCCUUCACCAGACGCUUCAUACUCUGCUCCCUCCCCGACUUCCCCCUCCACCAGACGCUUCAUGCUCUGCUCCCUCCCCGACUUCCCCCUCCCCGACUUCCCCCUCCACCAGACGCUUCAUACUCUGCUCCCUCCCCGACUUCCCCCCUCCCCGACUUCCCUCUCCACCAGACGCUUCAUACUCUGCCCCCUCCCCGACUUCCCUCUUCCACCAGACGCUUCAUACUCUGCCCCCUCCCCGACUUCCCCCUCCACCAGACGCUUCAUACUCUGCUCCCUCCCCGACUUCCCCCUUCACCAGACGCUUCAUGCUCUGCUCCCUCCCCGACUUCCCCCUCCCCGACUUUCCCCUCCACCAGACGCUUCAUACUCUGCCCCCUCCCCAACUUCCCUCUCCACCAGACGCUUCAUGCUCUGCUCCCUCCCCGACUUCCCCCUCCCCGACUUCCCCCUCCACCAGACGCUUCAUACUCUGCCCCCUCCCCGACUUCCCCCUCCACCAGACGCUUCAUGCUCUGCUCCCUCCCCGACUUCCCCCUCCACCAGACGCUUCAUACUCUGCCCCCUCCCCGACUUCCCCCUCCACCAGACGCUUCAUACUCUGCUCCCUCCCCGACUUCCCCCUCCACCAGACGCUUCAUACUCUGCCCCCUCCCCGACUUCCCCCUCCACCAGACGCUUCAUACUCCCCCCUCCCCGACUUCCCCCUCCACCAGACGCUUCAUGCUCUGCCCCCUCCCCGACUUCCCCCUCCACCAGACGCUUCAUACUCUGCUCCCUCCCCGACUUCCCCCUCCACCAGACGCUUCAUGCUCUGCUCCCUCCCCGACUUCCCCCUCCACCAGACGCUUCAUACUCUGCUCCCUCCCCGACUUCCCCCUUCACCAGACGCUUCAUACUCUGCCCCCUCCCCGACUUCCCUCUCCACCAGACGCUUCAUACUCUGCCCCCUCCCCGACUUCCCUCUCCACCAGACGCUUCAUACUCUGCCCCCUCCCCGACUUCCCUCUCCACCAGACGCUUCAUACUCUCCCCCCUCCCCGACUUCCCCCUCCACCAGACGCUUCAUACUCUGCCCCCUCCCCGACUUCCCCCUCCACCAGACGCUUCAUACUCUGCCCCCUCCCCGACUUCCCCCUCCACCAGACGCUUCAUACUCUGCCCCCUCCCCGACUUCCCCCUUCACCAGACGCUUCAUACUCUGCCCCCUCCCCGACUUCCCUCUCCACCAGACGCUUCAUACUCUGCCCCCUCCCCGACUUCCCUCUCCACCAGACGCUUCAUACUCUGCCCCCUCCCCGACUUCCCCCUCCACCAGACGCUUCAUACUCUGCCCCCUCCCCGACUUUCCCCUCCACCAGACGCUUCAUACUCUGCCCCCUCCCCGACUUCCCCCUCCACCAGACGCUUCAUACUCUGCCCCCUCCCCGACUUCCCCCUUCACCAGACGCUUCAUACUCUGCCCCCUCCCCGACUUCCCUCUCCACCAGACGCUUCAUACUCUGCCCCCUCCCCGACUUCCCUCUCCACCAGACGCUUCAUACUCUGCCCCCUCCCCGACUUCCCCCUCCACCAGACGCUUCAUACUCUGCCCCCUCCCCGACUUCCCCCUCCACCAGACGCUUCAUACUCUGCUCCCUCCCCGACUUCCCCCUCCACCAGACGCUUCAUACUCUGCUCCCUCCCCAACUUCCCCCUCCACCAGACGCUUCAUACUCUGCUCCCUCCCCAACUUCCCCCUCCACCAGACGCUUCAUACUCUGCUCCCUCCCCAACUUCCCCCUCCACCAGACGCUUCAUACUCUGCUCCCUCCCCGACUUCCCCCUCCACCAGACGCUUCAUGCUCUGCUCCCCUCCACCCGACUCCUCCCCCUCCACCAGACGCUUCAUACUCUGCUCCCUCCCCAACUUCCCCCUCCACCAGACGCUUCAUACUCUGCUCCCUCCCCGACUUCCCCCUCCACCAGACGCUUCAUACUCUGCUCCCUCCCCGACUUCCCCCUCCACAAGACGCUUCAUACUCUGCUCCCUCCCCGACUUCCCCCUCCACCAGACGCUUCAUACUCUGCCCCCUCCCCGACUUCCCCCUCCACCAGACGCUUCAUACUCUGCUCCCUCCCCGACUUCCCCCUCCACCAGACGCUUCAUACUCUGCCCCCUCCCCGACUUCCCCCUCCACCAGACGCUUCAUACUCUGCCCCCUCCCCGACUUCCCCCUCCACCAGACGCUUCAUGCUCUGCUCCCUCCCCGACUUCCCCCUCCACCAGACGCUUCAUACUCUGCUCCCUCCCCAACUUUCCCCUCCACCAGACGCUUCAUACUCUGCUCCCUCCCCGACUUCCCCCUCCACCAGACGCUUCAUACUCUGCUCCCUCCCCAACUUCCCCCUCCACCAGACGCUUCAUACUCUGCUCCCUCCCCAACUUCCCCCUCCACCAGACGCUUCAUACUCUGCUCCCUCCCCGACUUCCCCCUCCACCAGACGCUUCAUGCUCUGCUCCCUCCCCGACUUCCCUCUCCACCAGACGCUUCAUGCUCUGCUCCCUCCCCGACUUCCCCCUCCACCAGACGCUUCAUGCUCUGCUCCCUCCCCGACUUCCCCCUCCACCAGACGCUUCAUGCUCUGCUCCCUCCCCGACUUCCCCCUCCACCAGACGCUUCAUACUCUGCUCCCUCCCCGACUUCCCCCUCCACCAGACGCUUCAUGCUCUGCUCCCUCCCCGACUUCCCCCUCCACCAGACGCUUCAUGCUCUGCUCCCUCCCCGACUUCCCCCUCCACCAGACGCUUCAUGCUCUGCUCCCUCCCCGACUUCCCCCUCCACCAGACGCUUCUGUGCAGAGACAAAAGGAACAGGUCCGGACUGGAGCCAAGAGCGAGGUCCAACCGCUUAAAGCUCGGGUACCUAACUUUUUAGAUCAAUAA